GAAUUUCUCUUCCUCUUCUCUAUAGAAUUUGCGGCUUUCGUUUGUUUUCGACAAACACGUUGUUUAUAAGAAUUAUAACAUAGAGUUGCAACCAUGGCCACCGAAGAGGACAUCCCCAGAAUCCAAUUGGGCGACUACAUCGUCAUCCAGCGGCAGAAAUAUACGAAGCUACAAAAAUUCGGCAGUCUGGACACCACGGCCACAUUGGGCAAAGAAACACUGGAGCUGAAGUCUCUUUUGGACCAACCCUAUGGCUCCACGUUCAAGAUGUGCGUCAAAGAGACAAAGCCGGGUAAAAGGGGCGCCCAGAGACAACACACCUUGGAGCUGUGCAGCGAGACUGAGCUGAGAAGCACGCGAGAGGUUCUGGGCAUCUCCAGCAGUGGAGCGGAUAAUCGGGACAUCCGGGAUGAUGGAGAAGCGCAGACCCUGAAACCAGAGGACAUUGCGCAGCUGCGUGAGGAGUGCAACGACUCCAGCAAAAUCAUCGAGAAGCUGGUGGAGAAUUCUAAGACUUUCCACAACCGAACGGAGUACUCCCAAGAGAAGUACCUGCUAAAGAAGGAGAAAAAGUAUUUCGAGUUCGUUCAAAUCCGCCAGCCAACGAUCCGUCUGAUGCUGGACAUCUUCUACCGCCAAGACUCGGAAAAGGUCAUGGGCAUUCGCGUUGACACUUUAUCGCAAAUUAUUUCUUACUCGGGCGUUUGUGGAUUCGGCAGCUAUCUGCUGUACGAGAGUGGUACCAAUGGUCUACUGCCGGCUGCCAUGCUCAACUCUAUAGGCGCAGGCACGGAGGGCACCCUGGUGCACAUGCACCCGGGCAAUGUGCCCCAGAAGCAGGCGCUCUCAGCUCUGAAACUACCCCUGGAGCAGCAACAGCGAUGUGUUUCCGUUAAUCUCUAUUCCGUUUUAAGGGAGUUUUACCAAGGAGGGGACGCGAAGGCCACAGAUAUUCCCGUUGUGGAGCCCAGUGAAAACGAACCUCAGGAAACCCAGCUGGAGACGCCAACGGAGGAACAACCUGAGGCGAUAGAACCGACCACAAAGAAACCCAAGCUGGAUGAGUCAAAUAGUGGUAGAGAAGGAGCAAAGGGACCUCCGCGCUGGCAUUUGGAAAACAAGCGGGCCACGGCCCUGAUGCACGCCGAAUUCGACAGUCUGGUGGUGGCCGCCAAGGAGCACCCAUCCAACAUUCUGCAAGCCCUGCUGCCUCUUGUGAAACCCUCAAGACCCGUGGUGGUAUUCAGCACCUGCAAGGAGCUGUUACAAGAGACAUUCAUGGAGCUGAAAACAACAGGCAAGGUGACGGGUCUGCACUUGACCUCGAACUGGCUGCGCACCUACCAGAUCCUGCCCAAUCGCACACAUCCGGAAGUGAAUAUGAGCGGAAAUAGUGGCUACCUUUUGACGGGCUAUACGCUUAGAUAGUUGUUGUGCGUCUAACAAAUACAUGUAAGCCUUUGUUUUGAUAAUAUCAUGCAAUGUUUAAUGCCAGCUGAGGAUCAUGCCAAGUGUGUUCGUGUUAAGUACAGCGCUCUGUGUGAUCGAUCUAAACGGGUGGGACAUUCUUGAGGAUGAAGUAGUGGCCGCACUCGCACCGCUUCGGUCCCUCGUCCUUCUCAAUCCACAUCCACUUGGGCAAGCGGUCAUCCAGGCACAGACAGCCUACGAGGCGUGCAUCGAACGCCGAUGGCACGACGGUGGGGUCGUUCUCCCUUCCCGAUCCGCGCCUGAUCACCUUGCUGAAACCCCAAGGGUCCUCGCAGCCCUGCUUGGCCAGCAGCAUUUCGCGCUUCUGAAUCCCGGUGACCAGUUGAUCGUCCGCAAUUAGCGCUAAUCGGGCAUGAGACCUGAACUGGAGAUCUUUGCAAGCUGCAACCACUACUUACCUGACUUUUGCACCUGAGUUGUGGAUAUGGGACGCUGUUGAGGAGCAGCGGCUGAUCCUUGCCACUGUAAACCUAGUCGUCGAAGCAAAGAGCUUAGCUUUCCGUCGCGCUGGGUUAAAUUGGAGAUCAGACGUUUGGAGGCGGACUGAGCCUUAAGUAGACGCGAAAUGUAGGACGACAUUUUUAAAGGAGUUUAUCUAGAAAAUUAUGGUUAUCACACGAGAAUUUCCCACUUUGAGUGAGUUGAAUCUGAUCAAAGGGUUUUGAAAAUGUUUGAUUUCUUAUU